UUUGUUUUCUCAAAUAUUUAAUAUUAAGCCAAUCUAUAUUUUCUGUAUACUUUUUCCUCCUUUUAAAUAUAAAAAUUUUUGUUUUAAGGUUUUUUAAGCAUAAAAUGAAUUCGACAUUUGAUCCAAACAGAUUAAAACAACCGUUACUGUUAAAAUGGGUAAAGGUUGAUGAUACAAGUGAAGGGCCGACACCUCGUCCGCGUCAUGGUCAUCGUGGUAUUGGUAUUAAAGAUUUGAUGCUUAUUUUUGGUGGAGGCAAUGAGGGAAUAGUUGAUGAAUUACACGUCUAUAAUGCUACCAAAAAUAAAUGGUUUGUGCCUGUUGUUAGAGGGGAUAUUCCGCGUGGAUUUGCUGCUUAUGGUAUGGUCACUGAUCAACUAAAAGUUUUUAUUUUUGGUGGAAUGGUUGAAUAUGGAAGGUACUCAAACGAUGUUUAUGAAUUACAAACCAGUCGAUGGGAAUGGCGACAAAUUCGUGUCCGUCCACCACAAACUGGUCAAGCAGGUCCCUGUCCACGUUUAGGACAUUCAUUUACACUUGGAAGUAGUCAUUAUGCUUUUGUUUUUGGAGGAUUGGCAAAUGAUAGUGAAGAUCCAAAAAUUAACAUUCCUCGUUACCUCAAUGAUUUGUAUGCUAUCGAUCUCAGUCAGUCGCCUACUAUGUGGUGGGAAGUUCCAAUGACGGUUGGAAUGCCUCCCUCACCUCGAGAAUCACACACAGCCGUUCACUUUCUAACCCAAACAGGCAAAGAACAAUUAAUUAUUUAUGGAGGAAUGGAUGGAAAUCGAAUGGGGGAUGUUUGGAUUUUGGAUUUAAAAACUUGGAUUUGGACAAAUCCUGUACCUAAUGGAAUUAUGCCUUUACCUCGUUCUUUACAUACUGCUAAUGUUAUUGGAUGUAGAAUGGUUGUUUUUGGUGGAUGGGUUCCUCUCCAACCAGCAGACAAAGCAGAAACUCCCGAUAAAGAAUGGAAAUGCACAAAUUCUUUGGCUGUUUUAAAUUUAAACGCGCUAAGUUGGGAACAACAUUCGUUGGAUGAUUUUUCAACAGCAACAACAAAUAAUGAUGAUUUGAUCAAACCUUGUAGUCGAGCAGGGCAUAGUGCGGUUGUUAUUAAUCGAAGGCUUUAUAUUUGGUCUGGACGUGAUGGUUAUAAAAAAGCUUGGAAUAGUCAAGUUUGCUGCAAUGAUUUGUGGUAUUUGGAAGCAGAACCUCCAGCAGCCCCAACAGCUAUUUCAUUAAUUCGGGCAAGUAUCAACACAUUAGAAAUUCAAUGGACACCAGUUCCAAAUGCUGAUCAUUAUUUACUUCAAAUACUUAAAUUGGAAUCUCAAGAUGCUGCUGAUCAAAAACUUCAAAGUGGUAAACGUGUGAUCCGUACAAUUCCGGCUUCUGGAGGAUCUAUUCGAAUGGUUCGGCCUUCUACUUAUCGCCAACAACAACAACGUUCUAUUAUGAUACAGCGUGGAGGUUUUACUCAACAACAACAACACCAGCAACAAUCUCCAGUUCAGUCACGUCCUAUUUUAGUUCAGAAAGGGCCUCUAGGUGCUAAUGCACAGCCACCAAUAUUUCAAUAUGGACAUUCUAUGCAGCCACAGCGGAACAAAUUUGGUAUUCUUCAACAACAAGCAUCCCCUUAUAAUCCACAAACAACAGCAAUAACUCCAACAAGAACUACAUAUACUGCGCAAGUUGCUUCAGCAGUUGAUUCAACUAUGCCAACAAAUAUACUUGAUGAAGCAUUAAAUGAAGCUGAAAGUUUUGUUGAUGAGCAAUUACAAAAACAACAAGAGGGAGAACAAGGUAAAGAAUUUGAUAAAGAAGAGGUUGGAGAGAAGAAAAAUGGAAUUGAGGAGGACAGGAAAGAUUUGAAAGAAAAAAUUGAAAAAUCUUUGGAGGAAAUGGAAGAAGAUAAAGAUAAAACUGGUGGUAGUUCUAUACUUGAAGUUGAACAGAUGCGUGCUGCAAAGGAUGAUGAUGUUAAAGAUGAUGUGAAAAAUAAAGAAGAAAUUGCUGGUGAAUCGAGUGAAGGAGGAGGAUAUUUUCAACCUCUUGAAGAUGAUACGGCCAAUACUUCUUUAGAUGAAAAUAAUCGGGAAGAUGGACAGAAUCAAGAACAACAAAAUCAACAAAAUGAGCAGCUUCAAUCAAGUAAUGUAGAAAAUGCUGCAACAACCGCAGAAUUAACAACAAAUGCUGAAACGACAACUACUAGUACAGCUACUCUUACUGGUACUGUUGCAACUUUGGAUGAUCAAAUACAAUCUAAUGAUAAUAAGGCUGUGGAGGAACAAGAAAAAGAAGUUCAAAAUGGAUCUUCUUCACAAAUUGCAUUGAAUCAGCAGCAACAACAAUCUACUACUGUUGGACCUCGUCAAUUUAAUUUUUCUUCGACACAGCAACAUCAGUCUUUGGACAAUUGGUGUGAUGUUGCUACACUAAACGAAAGUAAAUGUUUAGUUACACAAUAUUUGGCACCAAUGGAUGCAAAUGAACAGCAACAAUUUACACAAGAUCAAGGAAUUUCACCAUCAACACAAGAUUAUCGAAAAGUUGUUGGAUUAGAACCUGGAUUUGUUUAUAGGUUUCGUGUUUGUGCAUUCAAUGCUGUUGGACAAAGCAAAUGGUCACUUGCUAAUAGUUUUCGUACUUGUAUUCCUGGAUUUCCUGGUGCACCUUCUUCAAUAAAAAUAACAAAAGGAACUGAUGGAGCAAUUAUAUCUUGGGAACCACCACAGACUACAAAUGGUGAUAUUGUUGAAUAUUCUGUCUAUUUAGCGAUGCGUUCUGCUUCAUAUGGACAGCCUGCAUUUGUGCCUGUUUAUAUUGGACCUGCUCCUAAUUGCAUGGUCAAUCAUCAAAAUCUUCAAUUGGCGCAUAUUGAUACUAGCCUAAAACCAGCAAUAAUAUUUCGGAUUGCUGCAAGGAAUGAUAAGGGUUAUGGACCAGCAACACAAGUUCGUUGGUUACAAGAUCAACGUCCUAUGGCUGUUAUGCCUCCUUUAAUUCCAAAUCAAUCUGCUACAGUUGUUUCUGGUAUAUCUCCAGGAACUGCUCCAAUUCUUGGAAGUACCCCAAGUAAUGUUAUUAGAAAAUCUGUUGGUGGUGGGGGUGGUACUUAUACUUAUCAACAACCACAAAAACAACAACAACAAAUUGGUGGUACUCCUAUAAUAACUGGGGGAGGAGGAGAAAGAGGAGCAAUUUAUUAUCCUUCAACAGCUCCCAUUACACGUAGAGUGCUUACAACUUCAAGUGUUCGACAACGUUCUUCUCCAGCUAUGAUGCAUCAAUAUUCGACGUCUACUGGAAAUGUUGCUAUGGUUCAACCUCAGUUACAUUUAUCUCCUUCCGCAAGACCAUCAACUAGCAGUUAUGAUUUGUCUUCUACAAAUACUACAAGUUCUCCACAUCAACAGCAACAACGACGUAUUAUACCAUUAAUGUCAUCAUCUUCCUCCUCUACAGAGCAUCCACAAAAAAUUCGUUUACAACAUAUGGAAGGUUCAUCAACGUCAAUUGCAACAACAACAAGUACUAAUAGUAGUCAAUAUCAAGAGGAGGUAUUUUCUGGUGGCCAUGGAGGAGGUGGAGGACCACAAACCCGAAAAAUAAUGGUUCAACAGCAACAACCUUCUUCAACUUCUGGUGGUGGAAGAGGAGGAGAAGGACCUUUAAAUCCUGGAUUAACUGUACGCGAAUAUUUGACAUCAGGUACUACUCCAAAUAAAAGAAUUCGUUUGGAGCAGUGAAGAAGAGGAGAUGAGGAGAAAAAGAUUUUUUGUGGGGGAGAUUUGAAUGAAAAAAAAUAAAAGGGGGAAAAUUGAAAGAAAAAAAAGUUUGGAAUAAUCAUAUGAUUUUUUUUUGUUUUUUUCAAUAUUUUUAAAUUGCUAUUUUUUAUUGCAAGAGGGGAAGAAAUAUUGAAAAAUAAUUUUUUAAAUAUUUUUGGUGACACUCAUUUUAUUUUUAAAAAUUUAUUUUUUUUUUGAUUAUUUUUUGUACUCUCUUCUAAUUAAUAUAUUUUUUGAAGCAUAAAUGGUUUUGUGGCCAAAUUCUUUGUUUUUUUUAAAUUUUUUAAAGUUAGUUACUUAACUUGUUAUAACUUUUUUUGUGCUCUAAUUGUUUUUUUUUUUGUUUUUAGCAAACUCAAGGCUCUAACGGCCCUUGGUUUCUUUAAAAAUUUCCCCUCAGGCAAAUAUACCAGCAACCUCAAAAAAUGACGUGGCAAGGAUAUAGUUGCAGGUGGUAGAGCAAAAGAGAAGGCAGAGUGGCACAAACGAGGGAAGGAAAUAAACGUCCAUAAGUAUACAGGUGAAUAUUUAUUUUGAAAAAAAUAUGUAGAGAGUG